ACCGAUGGCCUACGGUUCGGGAGUUCGCCCCAGUGGCUGGAACCCUAUUGGCUGAAGCGAGCGCGCGCGGAUUGGCCGGCUCCUUGCCGGAGGGGCGUGACUCGCCUGACGCCUCGUUCGGCUGGACGGAGGGGCGGCGAGGGGGGUGAGUGCAGGCUGGCUGGCCGCGGGCGGUUUGCAUCGCGAUGUUGCUCUCGCCGCCGCCGCCCUCGUCCCUGCCCUGCGGGCGGGCGGCAGGCGGCUCCCCUGGCCUUGGGGCGCGAGCGGCAGGGCCGGAGCUCCAGGAGGAGGCUGCUCCCCGAGAGCUUCCCGACGAAGAAGGGGAGCGAGGCCGCGCCGGAACUAUGCCCGAGUGCGCCCCGCUUCUGGUGGCUGGAGCCGGCUGCGAGUCGGCGAGGGCGUCGUCCGAGACGGAGGCCGCUGCGUCAACUGCCCAGGAAGAAGGAGAAGCAAAAGCAGCCGCCGCCACCACGGAAGAUUCCUGUCCCCGGUGGGGAGCCCAGCACGCGGGAGCCCGGGAGCUGGCUGAACUGUAUUCCCCCGGGAAAAGGCUGCAGGAAUGGAUUAGUGUCAUCUUAUGUUUCUCCUUGAUGUCUUUCAACUUCUACAAACUUCUCUUUUGCCUGAGACUGGAGCAUGCCUUCUCAAUUAUUGUUGGUAUAUUUGCAGGAGUCAUUACUGCUGACUUUGUAUCUGGUUUAGUGCACUGGGGAGCAGAUACAUGGGGAUCUGUAGAUCUGCCAAUAGUUGGAAAGGCAUUUAUCAGACCUUUCAGAGAACAUCACAUUGAUCCAACAGCAAUUACCAGGCAUGACUUCAUAGAAACCAAUGGCGAUAACUGCAUGUUGACGAUAGCUCCGCUGGCAAACAUGGCCUACAAAUUAGCUUCUUUAUCAUCAGAAGCAUUACACCAAACAUGUCCUUGGGAGUGCUACAUCUUUGCCCUGUCUGUAUUUGCAACCUUGACCAACCAAAUUCACAAGUGGUCUCAUACCUACUUUGGUCUUCCUCGCUGGGUAAUUUUUCUGCAGGACUGGCAUGUUAUCCUACCACGGAAACACCACCGGAUCCACCAUGUGUCUCCUCAUGAGACAUAUUUCUGUAUUACGACAGGCUGGCUGAAUUACCCACUGGAAAAAAUGAGAUUUUGGAGAUUCAUGGAAAAUAUCAUUGAAGGACUGACAGGAGAAAAACCCAGAGCAGAUGACAUGAAAUGGGCCCAGAAAAUAAAAUAACUCUUGCCAGGCUUCUGCUGUUGUGAAAACCUGUUGCCAAUUUUUUUAAAAGAAAAAAAGCCAUCAGCCAAAUUAAAAGACUUGCAGAGAGUUAAUGGACUAAAGCACAAAGCUUUUUAAAAAGUGCUAACAGACUGCAGUUAAAAGACUCACUCCUUAAAACAAUACUUGAAAAAUGCAAAUGGAUAAUUCUUGUCUGUUACUGAGCACCUUCUGUUAGCCACAUUUGCUGAUAAUUGAACAUUGUCAUCCUUGACACUUCAAAGCCAUUAGCUGGAGAAGGCAGUGUACCUUCCUAGUAACAUUUGUCAUUGGCACUGUAAUGUGUUGUAUCAACAUGAAUUCCCACUCUGAAAACGAUUUAAGGCCAUAUGGAAUGGCAAAGUUCACAAACUAGCUCCCAGUUGCUACCUGAGAAUCGGAGGGAAAGGUAUUGUCAUCACUUUAAUGCACUUAGUGUUUGGUGCAUCCUUCCAGUUGCUUCAUCUUGCUAUCAUAUCAAGACAUUGCCCAUAUGGUGUGCAACAGAAUAUUUGGGAGUCUCAGCCUAGUUCAUUAGCGUUACUUAAAACUGACAGUCUCCUAAAAUAAAGAUUUGUUCCAUUCCUUGAUAUUUGAGCUGCCCAUUGCUGUAUCACCCUACAGUUAACUUUGUAGUAGUUUGGGAUGGGAGUGAGGCGGGACAGAAUUUGUGUUCUGCACAAAUGUCAGACUCAAUACCAUUGGAUCAUGUAGUGUUCAGUAAUUGGUUUUAUUCACUUUGAUUCCUCUUCCAAAAUGUUUAAAAUAGCUAUAGAAAAUUGGUCAUUGUCAAAUUUGAAUGUUAGAAGGAUUACAUUAAUGGUGUGUGUGAUUAAGGUGCUUGCUCAUUUCAUGUAAAUAUCAAAGCCUUAAUUACUUCUUCGGUGUAACAUGGAAUAAUAAUUUUAAUGUGGUCUGAAUGUAUAUAAUUUAUAACAAAGCAGUUCAAUUAUACUAAUUGCAUUUGUUAAGUCUUGUUGCCAUUUUUGAGGGGAAGGGUAAAAUUGCACCUCCAGGGGUUUUUUAAACAGCAUACGCAAGCAAAAUCAGCAGUGGGUUUUCUGUUUUGUAUACAAGAGUGUCCUACAAAACACUUUUUAUUUUUGUGAUAGACUUCUGUGCCUUUUUAGGGAGAUUAGAAGGCUAAUCUGUGUCUAAAAUGCAACUGUUUCUGGCUGUAUUUUUUUAAUUUAAGAAAAAGCUUGCACGUUCUCCCUCUUCCUUGUAUGUUUGAGAUUUUUCUGUUUAAGAACAAAUUCUUAACUUCACACCCUGACUCUGAUAUGUCUUGCCUGGAUAGCAUUUUGCCUUUGGCACACUAAAAUCUUAGUUUAAACAGAGAACACUAAAAUUAACCAAAUGGAAACUAAGAAAAGAGAUUUAAUUAAAAACCAGAUGAAGGCAAACAAAAGAGAUACAUGUGCCACUUCUGAAGAACAAUCCAUAGAAAAAGUAUCACAGAGAGUCUCUCAGCGUUACUGUGAUAGCAGGAUUUCUGAUUAAGAUUUUAAACCUUGGGACAAGUUUGAGUGUAUUUCUUACUUGGAACAGUCCAUUUUUGUUUUGGGGGGUGUUUUUUCCUUCAGGUCAGUGUUGAUUCCUUUUGAAUGCCUAAAGGAGUGCUUACAGUUUUCUUGGGAAGGAUUUUUAGAAGUGGUUUUCCCUUGCUUCCUUCCUAGGGCUAAAAGUGACUGUCAUUCAGUUGGCUUUGUGUUUUAAAGCAAGACUAGAAUUCACAGUCUCCUUGUUUCUAGUCUAAUGCCAUAACAAUAACAACAGUGAAGCAUUUCAGUUUGUAUUGUUCUACUGAAACAUAGCUUUUAAAUUAUGGCUUUGAAUUAUCUCUCUCAUACUCUGUGUGUGUCUGUGUACGUGCACAUGCAAGUUGGCUGGGGAAUUCUGGAAAUUGAAGUCCUUAAAUCUUAAAAGUUGAAAAAUGUUGUAGGGUAUCACAGAAUUUUGAAAACCUGUCCACAUUCCCUUCUGCCCUUUAACACCAUCCAAAUCACAGCAUGGUCAUUUUGAGCCUUUUCCUUCUGCUUUCUCCUUUCCCACAGGUGAGAUGUCAUUUUCUGUCUUAUUAGCUAACAGCAAUUCAUGCUUGCAAAUACUGGAACUUUGCCUUUUGCUACUAUUUUAUUCCAUGGCCCAGAAAUUCAGAGCAGUAUAAAUGAGUGUCAGAUUACAGGGAAGAAUAAAAAAUCGUGUACAUAGUAGACAUUCUCCCUUUAGCCAUGCAGGAAGGCAAAUUCGUGGAAGCCCAUUGGAUCAGGUAUAAUGUACUCCCAUGGAAGACUUUUUUCUAGACUGAGCCUUUUUUCCUCCAAUUUAAGAUGAUGACUUCUCCAACCAGUAUUUAAAAAUAUUGUAGUGAAAAGAUUUAUAUUAGCUAGCUGAGAACUGAGAGAAGUCACCUCUUCUGUAGCAAAAUUUUACUCCACAACACAAGGAACACAAUUCUGAUAUGAGAAGAUUCUCCCAUGACCAUUUGCAGGGUCAGCUUUGCUUACAUGGGAAAAGCACUGAAUGCUUCAUUAAGUAUCAGGUUUUAUUUUGGAAUAUUACAGUAAAGUUUUGAACUGAAUAACUGAUACAAAAAAUCACACUAGUUAUUCUAGCUGAUAAGCCACUUGGACCAAAGGCAGCGAAAGCAGCCAAUCAACCACGUUGCCCUGGAAGUACUGAUUGUACAAGAAAGGAACCCCUAAGCCUAGUGCUCUGCUCAUGACUCUUGCCAUAUUAUGAUUUAUAUCAAUGCUUGCAGAAACCAACUGUGCACCAUUGACUUUACAGAGGGCCCAUUUUGAGUGCAAGAUCAAGGAAAAGUCUGCAACUGCCCACUUCUUGCUUGAACAUACACUCCACCCACCCAAGGCAAGUCUCAAUAUUUAUUUUUCCCUCUUUUUUUCCAAACCUACACUUUCUUACAACGUUAUACUAAGGGAAGAAAAUAGUUCCCUUAAUUACAAGUAAACUUCAUACUAGACCGGAAUCUGAAUUGGCAUGUCUCCAGGUCUAGUUGAACAAAAACCAAUAAAACAUUCACACUUUUUUAAUUGAUUGUUUUUAUUUUUCUAUUCUGACUCUUAAUUAUGUUCCUAAGCUUUACCUGCCACAAUAAAUGUAUUAAAUGUUUGAAGGAUCUGA